ACAAUUCAAAUACAAAUACCAAGUGAAUCGUCUCCAUUAUAUUUCUAUUCUCUGCGCUCCCUUUCGCUUAGCCAAACGUCAAGUUUGUAUGAGUUCGACGGCAACAGGAAGUCCAUCCGCGACCGCCGCGGCGUCGAAGCACCCGACUGUGGAAUGCGAUGUCUGCAUUGGCAUGACGAUGUACACGAGUGCCAUGCGGGACGCUCGACAGAAGCCCAUGUGCAUUGGACUCAAGAGUACCAAGUGCGAGAUCGAUCAACAGGGCUUUGUGGAGCUCCUGGAGAAGCGGCAACAAGAGGCUGGGUCGUCGUCUGCAACGAACACAGCUUCCAUUCGAUACGACGAUCAACAAGCUCGACUUCACCACAUUGAGGCGUUCCUUGCAACCCUAUCUAACAAACCCCACCCGAAAGUUGACGCAACCGCCCAUGACACUAUCUAUGCGCCUGAAAAUGAUACCUUCAGAUACCUGUACUGGGGCAUGACGCUAUACUCCAACCCGGCACCCACCUCGCCAAACGCAGCUGCAGGCAAUGCGAAGCUGGUGCUGCCACUUUGCGUCGGCAUCAGUUACCUCCAGCGGUCAAAGCAGCCUGUUGCAGGAAGCGCGACGAGUCCUACGUUGCCCACCACGUCCCCCAUCCAACGGUCCUCGCCCCUCGUCCUCGAACACGAUGGCUCAGGACCAGGCAUACUCGAUAAAGCAGUCGCUGCGUGCAAUUUUACCGCGAUGGCGAUGGUCAAGUAUGCAAGCCACCAAGCGACAAAUUUCCCCGAGCGGUACUUGCAGUCGAUGGAGCGCCUCGUUGACAACAUGCAGGCGCAGUGGGAUAGCAUGUCAAAAUUGGCGAUUCGAAUUGUGACGUUGGGCGGCAGCAAGAAGGACUCGUGAAGGGAUCGUCGUCGCCCUGUUGUUGGGGCCCGUGAAAUGAAGAAAAACACUGACGAAGAAUGCACCCCCUGUUAACCCGAACGCCCCCGGCCACCUAGCUCGGUCGUGAAACCUAUGUUCCUCAAUUGUUAUGUCAUAUUCAAGGCUUCGAAGAGCUCGGUUUUACCACAAAUUGGCGCUAGCACCUCCGCUGUGCAUCAGAGCCGUGUGCGCUUGUAGACAAGAAAGCAG